AUGGGCGGCGGCAAGAAAACCCGCAACUCGGCGGUCGCGCCAAUUUUUCAGCAAAAGGCCGCGAAGGCCCAGGCGCCAUCUUCGCCACACUCCCCGUCCGACACUGACUCCGAGAUGAGCAGCCACACAGUCUCGGACCGGGCGGAAGCCCCACUGACACGGCGGGACAUGAAAGGGUUCCUUGCCGACAUCCGCAAAUCGGUGGCAGAAGAGCUGGAAAAGAAGCUGGGGCCGAUCAUGGAGGGGAUGGCAGAUCUGACGGCCCGAACGCAUGCCACUAAAACAAAAAUGGCGGAGGCAUUGGAGACCGUGCAGGCGCAUGGCGGGGAGCUACAAGACCUCCGCGAGCAACUGCGCUCCCUAGAGGACUCCAACGAGGACCUCAACAACAGGACCAGAAGGAAUAACAUUAGGGUGAGGGGCAUACCGGAGACCAUCUCCACGGAGCUGCUCACCGCCACCCUCACAGAAGUGUUCCAGAAUCUCCUGCCAGAAGCCUCCACCACCGACUUGCUCAUGGACCGGGCACACCGGGCACUGAGAGCUCCUAGCACCAACACAGCCACCCCAAGGGACGUGAUAGUGCGACUCCACUUUUACCAUAUCAAGGAGCGCAUUAUGAAGCCGGGAGGGGGAGGGGGGGCGUUUAAGACCCCAAGGAACAUGUCACGCCUCACAGACAAGACUAAGGACACAGCAAAGGGGCCCAUCGCCACCUGGGGGGGCCGACCACACCUGGCAGUGCCCGGCCCUCAGACGGGUUUCACAGUCACACCCCACCACUACACACGUUGAACCCCCACCUGACGGACCAUACAGUUUAGGGAGAACGUAGACACCCCGGCAAGGGGCCGAGUAGACUGUCCGACUGAAAGGGGGCUACACGGGGGGGUACCCCAGGGAAGAACCACGGAGCAACACCCCCACACGACGGCCUUGCGCAACUCAGGGGGACACCCCACCAAGCACCCGAAUAGCGGGCCCGGAACAGACAGGCAUCCCAGGCUCAAUACCCGUUAGACCUGGGACCAGAGACCCCUCGGUGAUAGCCACCCCUGGGGUCCAUACCACCCCCAGAGACAGGCCCAGACAGGACGCAGACGGACUAAACACACCCUACAGAACCGGACCCACACCACACCAAAGCGACACCAGGGGACGCACACACUGACCCUCGCUCACAUGUCCCAGACGGGCCACAGGACAACCAACGACCUGAAGAGGACUCAGCCCCAACUCUAG